GGAUAUUACGAUCCGUUCCGGUCCAGUCUUGGUCCUAAAGACCGGUAUAGUGUUAUGACAGGGGAGAGACUUUGCGAUGGUCACGCCAAUUUAGGGACAGGUCAUAAAAAUUAUAAGGUUCAGACCGGUCCGGACCAUG